AGAGGACCAAAUCGCUAUGAUAACACGACUGAACAAACAAGUCCCAUGCAUCUACCUCGCCCUGAUGUAAAUCUGUCGAGAGUUCCAUCAACUUACAUUCGCCAGUUGACGUUGGAAGGUUUGCUCAUUCCAAAACACACGAUCAACCUCAGUGGUACAGUUGGACAAGGGGAAUUUGGUGUCGUCUACAAGGCUACUCUGAACGGUUGGCGAGGAAAUUAUGAGCAGACUGUGGCAGCCAAAACAUUAAAAGUGUUCAGUCCCAUGGAGCAGAGGAGGCUAAUAGAAGAGAGUUUGGUUAUGAUAAAAUUUAACCACAUGAACGUGAUGAAACUGAUUGGAGUCUCACCACACAACUGGCCUUCUGUCUACAUUGUGAUGCCUUACAUGAUUUAUGGCAGCCUACUCUCCUACCUCAGAAAGAACAGGGCUGACUUUACCAUUUUCAACACUAAUGAUGAUGUUGACCUUGUGAAUGAGGUGGGUAAAAAGCUUUGGUCAAUGUGUCUGCAGAUAUGUCGUGGAAUGGAAUAUCUUGCAUCACUUGAGUUUGUUCAUCGAGAUCUUGCUGCCAGGAAUUGCAUGAUUGAUGAACACUUUGUCAUCAAAGUGUCUGACUUUGGCCUAACUGAGGACAUUUACUCCAGAAACUACUUCAGACAAUUGUCAACACGAGAGGAGGAUGGAGAGACUCCAGUGAAGCUGCCAGUGAGAUGGAUGGCUCUGGAGAGUCUCAAACGAUGGAGUCUUCUCUGAGAAAACUGAUGUGUGGUCAUUUGGAGUUACAUGUUGGGAGGUGUUCACAUUGGGAAAGACACCUUUAUCCUGGAAUGGACCCACACUCUAUUGUACACUACCUGGAAAGAGGAGAGAGACUCGAAAAACCUAAUAACACAGCCUGCUCUGAGCAUAUCUAUGCUAUAGUACAAGAAUGCUGGAAAGCUGCACCUGACAAGCGGCCAACUUUCUCUGAGCUGGCAAAAAGUAUUUGUGAAAGUCUAGAGGUCAUGGGUGGCUACCUGGAUCUGACCACACCUUUUUUGUCUACUGCAGUCGUGUCCUCUACUGAAAACAUUCCCACACAUAUUCCACCUAGCAUUGAAACUGUUACUAUUCCCAGUGUGUAGUCAUUUUAUGUUUCUUGGAUGUCUCCCAAGAAUAAACACAGUCCCAGAGAUAAUUCUGCUUUUUUCAUUACUUUAAAAACCACC